AAAAAUACUUCCCAUCGGACACUAGUACUAAAAUCUUGCACAUCUCUUUUAUCUUACCAAAGCAAAGGCGUUUGGCAACUCUAACCAUGCAUUUAUAAAACGGGACUUUCAUUUAAUUUGCGCAGUGCAAACGCAACGUAGGCAAAGAAUUUCAUCAUGUCGGACUCGGAUGAUGAUUGGUUCAACAAGGAUGAGGAUGAGCUGGUGCAAAAUCUGCAGCAACAGGUGAAGCAACAAGUGGCAAUUGAGACACACGAGGAACGCAUUGACUUUUGCAGCCGAGCUGAUGAUUAUCUCAAGCAACUUACGGUUACUGGGGAUACGAAAAGUCCGAGUCGCUUUGCCACUGCCGAUUUUGCAAAGGCACUGAAAAUGCCGCCGCUGGAUAUGUUUCUCUACUUAAUGGCCGCGCCGCGCGAUCUCUUCCAGGAUCAGCUGACGGACAGCGAUUCCCCAAAACGGGUGAUGCAGUAUGUGGAAGUGCUGACGGUGCUGUGCCAAUUGGAAUUGGGCGGUUUCGAUUGGCAGAUACUGUCCGGCUUUGCCAGGCAAACGGUGCUCCUGAAUCACGUCAAGCGCUUUGCUGUGAAACUCUUUGCGCCGCCUUCCAAGGGCCAAAUAGAUGCCGACUCCGAGUCGUUGUUGCGCGGCAUUAAGUGUUUGCUCAUACGUGCCCACAAGCUGGGCGUGCUGCAACCGUCUGGAUAUGAGCUAAUCGAGUAUAUUAAGACGCUGCUCUCCCGCUGUCAGCUGCCUCAGCUCUUGAACCAUCCGCUGUGCGUUGAAUUCAGACGAGAGCUGGAUGUGCUGCCCGCCAGUACACAUGUCAAAAACGAAAUAUAUCCCAAGCUGGAGCAAUUACUGCGAGCUGAAGCCGGGGAUGAUGUGCCUGCCGUUGCCUCCGAUGACGUGGCUGGCUACAUAAACUGCCAACGGCAGCUGCUCUGCGAUGACUUUGUGCAGCCACUGCGUGAGCUCGUGCAGCGUUUGCGUUCCAAGCAGAAUAUCGAUGCUUUGGUGGAACAAAAUCUGGUUUGGCCGCACACACAGCUCAACCUGAACCCCGAAUUUGCCGAAGCGGAGCGGAAUAGCCUGAUAUUUCUAGAUAUACGUCCAUCAGAACGGCUAGAAAAAAACGAACUAUGGAAAUCGUAUUCGGCCGGACGGGCAGAACAACAAUACCUGCGAAAUCUUAAGACGGGCGCCUUACUGUGCUUUACCAGCAGCUAUGAUUUUGACAAUUUAAUAUUGGCCACCGUUGGAAUGACAGAGGACAGUAUGAUAAAACAAGGAUAUUUAAGCGUGGAGAUUGCCAAACAAUACAAUAUUGGCAAUAUAUACGGCAGGCCGUUAAUCAUGUUCGAGACGCCGGCGUUCUUUGAGCCGUAUCUGCGUGUCCACAAUUAUCUGAGCACGUGCAGCGCCGAUAACUUUCCCAUGUGCCGGUACAUUGUCGAAGGACAGCUUGAUGUACGGCCGCCCGCCUACAUUGGACCAGACGUUCAGCUAAUGCAUAAUGGCAAGCCAUUUACGGCAGCUAAGCCGCCCGUGGAGACGAAGCUGAAUGACUCGCAGCGAGCGGCUUUUGGCGCUGCGCUCUGCAUGGAAUUCAGCCUGAUACAAGGCCCGCCCGGCACAGGCAAGACGCAUCUGUCCGUUGAGCUGGUCAAGACGCUGCUGCAGAAUGCCGCUCAGCUUGGCGCUGGACCCAUUAUUGUGCUGACCUACACGAACGACUCGCUGGACAAGUUCCUGUUGAAGGCGGCGCAGCACACGAGCAGCAUUCUGCGCUUUGGCUUUCAGUCGCGUAUGCCCCAAAUCGAGCAAUUCAAUGUGCGAACAAUGUCCGAUGAUCAGUUGGUGCCGCCGCGCCUCAAGCACCUUUGGUGGCUGGCCAAGUGUGAGUACAGGGAACAGUUCAAGCGACUGCAGGCUCUGCAUGCGGACUUCGAUGGCAGCGAGUCGGCCCAUGUGAAAAUCCAAUCGGAAUUGGAACAGCUGCAUGUGGUGACGGAAAAGUUGAACACCUUGCGCACAAUAUUUCAGUUUUAUCUGGCACGUGACAAAGCUCUGUUGGCGAUGACAACGACGUGCGCGGCACGGCAUAACUUUUUGUUCCGUCUGCUGCAGAGCAAGUGCUUCAUCUUUGAGGAGGCCGGCGAGAUAGCUGAAUCCCAUGUGCUGGCCUGCCUAACGCCCUACACGCAGCACGUCAUACUGAUCGGCGAUCACAAGCAACUGCAGCCGCAUACGGGCAAUUAUACGCAACAGGGGCUGCAGGUGUCGCUCUUCGAGCGUCUGAUUACGCACAAGUUUCCCGCCAGCGUGCUUAAUGUCCAGUAUCGCAUGCGCACCUGUAUUGCUGAGCUCCUGGUGCCCAUUUUCUAUGACGAAUUGAUCAGUGACGACUCGGUGAGAGCCUACCGCAAUGUGUCCGGCAUGUCGGCCAACAUGUACUUUGUCAGUCACGUGCAACCCGAGCAGCAGCUGAACGACAUGUCCUUUGUGAACAAGCACGAGGCCAAGGAGUUGGUGAAACUAGCUGCAAGCUUGAAAGGGGAACGCAAAAACAUUGUCGUUCUAACGCCCUACAAUGCUCAAGUUGAACAUAUUAAAGCACUGCUGAGAAAAGCCAAGAUCGAAAACAUUUUGGUUACAACUGUGGACAGCUACCAGGGCCUGGAGGCAAACAUUGUGCUGCUGUCGCUGGUGCGCAGCAAUCCGGCUGGACAGAUUGGCUUUCUGCGUCAGUCAAAUCGCGUUUGUGUCGCCCUAUCGCGUGCCCGCUGGGCGCUCUACAUGAUGGGCAACAUGUCGACCCUGGAGCAUGGCAAUCCCCAACUCUGGGGAGCUAUCCAUAGCAAGCUGCAUGCAGCAAAUGCUAUUGGUGACGCCUUUCCACUGGCCACAGAGCCCGAACAGACGACGGAGCAGAUCUCAACCUAGUUGGAAAGACUUUGUGACAAAUUGCUAUAAGCAGCAUUUUAUAUAUAUAUUAAAUUAAACGUUUUCUUAAUUGUUUGUUUG